AUGGGCACGGGCCGAACCAGCCGCGGCGGGCCCUCCACCGCCACCCCCGCAGGCCGGCCCUACCCGCCGAUCUCCGCCCCACCGCACGCCCCCACCCCCACCUCCUCGCCGCCCCCCUCCGAGACGGCCUCCACCUCCGUCACCAAGACCGUCAACGGCUCGCACCACUUCAAGAUCGCGGGCUACUCGCUCGCCAAGGGGAUCGGCGUCGGCAAGUACAUCGCCUCCGAGUCCUUCACCGUCGGGGGGUUCGAGUGGGCCAUCUACUUCUACCCCGACGGCAAGAGCGCCGAGGACGGCGCCGCAUACGUCUCGCUCUUCAUCGCGCUCGCGUCCGAGGGCACCGACGUGCGCGCGCUAUUCGAGCUCACGCUCGUCGACCAGAGCGGCAAGGGACAGGACAAGGUGCACACGCACUUUGGGAGGUCGCUCGAGGGAGGGCCGUACACCCUAAAGUACCGCGGAAGCAUGUGGGGUUACAAACGUUUCUUCAAACGAUCUGGCCUGGAAACAUCAGAUUAUCUUAAAGAUGAUUGCCUUUUAGUGAACUGCACCGUUGGUGUUGUUCAAUCACACACUGAAGGACCAAAGAUAUACAGGAUACCAGUGCCACAAUCAAACAUGUCUCAGCAUAUUGGGCAGCUGCUGAGUAGUGGAAAGAGAACGGACAUCACAUUUGAAGUCGACGGGGAGAUGUUUCCUGCUCACAAGGUGGUACUUGCGGCCCGAUCGCCAGUUUUUAGGGCCCAGCUUUUUGGGCCCAUGAAAGAUAAAAACAUGAGGUGCAUAACAAUUGAAGAUGUGGAGGCUCCUGUCUUCAAGGCCUUGCUCCAUUUUAUGUACUGGGAUGAGUUGCCUGACAUAGAAGAGCUUACUGGUCUUAAUACAACGUGGGUGUCCACUUUGAUGGCCCAGCACUUGCUUGCAGCUGCGGAUCGUUAUGCUUUGGAGAGACUAAAAUUGCUCUCCGAACUCAAACUGUGUGAAGAUGUUGCAAUAAACACAGUAGCAAACACAUUGGCUCUGGCUGAACAGCACCACUGUUAUCAACUAAAAACUGUUUGCUUAAAAUUCGUGGCUUUGCCUGAGAAUUUGAAAGCUGUCAUGCAAACCGAUGGAUUCGAUUAUUUGCAGCAAAGCUGCCCAUCCCUUCUGACGGAGCUCCUUGAGUAUGUGGCUAAGGUAGGAGAGCACACGGUGAGCCCUUGCUUAUAUUCAAACGAAGUCCUGGAUGGCGGCGACGCAAAUGGAAGACGUGUGAAACCAAGAAUCUAAUAAAAGGGCUCGCUGGAUCAGCAUGGCAGUAGUUUCAUACGUAACGGUGUAAAGCGGCGCUUUUGCAGUGCCAUAUCUGCAUGUUGUAGUUGUGUUCCAGUGUUUGUGUUGUGACUCCAGUCUUCAUCUCACUUCUUUAGCCCCGUUACUCUGGAGUGUGCUGUGUUGCUGAUAUAUAUCCUACUGACUACUAGUGUAAAAUUGCAUUGCUGCGGAGCACGAUUGCUUUGCAGCCUGUGGUCAUAAGUGCACACAGGUGGCGCGGCGAAGGAUUACUGACUGGUACAAGGUUUGAUCGAGUGGAGGAAAUAACGGGUGCAGGGAUAUGUGUUCACAUAAUUUGAUUUGUGCUAGGUCAGCUUUGUCGAUAGUCGUCUGUAUGACUUGUAUUCAAUUGAAAUCAUGUAAUCAAAUGAGAUAUAUCUGUUCAAUCACGCAUGGAUUUAAAGUUGCUUUUC